AUGAUUCAGCUGACAGCUACUCCUCCAAGUGCACUUGUUGAUGAGCCAGUACAUAUCCGAGCUACAGGCCUGUGUCCUUCUCAGAUGGUAGUUUUUGUAGCAUCACUGAAAGAUGAAAAGGGAAACAUGUUCCAUUCUCAAGCCUGCUAUCAAGCCAAUGAAGAUGGCGAGGUGGAUCUAGAGCAUGCUGCUGCACUUGGAGGUGACUAUGUUGGAGUCCAUCCCAUGGGUCUCUUCUGGUCCAUGAAAUCUGAGAAGAUAUUAGUUAGACUGAUAAAAAGAGAUGUGAUGAAUAGCCCCUUCCAGGUCCAGUUGAAACUUUAUGACUUAGAUGUCCCAUCAGUCAGACUAAUUGAGUCUACUCCAGUGGCCAGCCUUACUGUGGAGAGGUGGUAUGUGGCACCUGGUGUCACACGGACUGAAGUCCGUGAAGGUCGCAUUCGGGGAACCCUCUUUCUCCCUCCAGGCGACGGCUGUUUCCCAGCAGUCAUUGACUUGUUUGGUGGCAUUGGGGGCCUGCUUGAAUUUCGGUCCAGUCUCUUGGCUAGUCGUGGCUUUGCCUCCCUGGCCUUGGCUUACUUUGACUAUGAGGACCUGCCUACCACCUUAGAAAAACUAGAUUUGGAGUAUUUUGAGGAAGCUGUCAACUUUCUCCUGAGACAUCCAAAGGUCCUUGGCCCAGGCAUUGGGAUUGUUUCCAUUUGCAAAGGAGCAGAGAUUGGACUCUCCAUGGCUAUUCACCUAAAACAAGUGACGGCCACAGUCCUUAUUAAUGGGCCCAACUUUGUUUUCACAAAUUUUCAGGAGUAUCGUGGUCAGAUCAUUCAGCCCUUGCCCUGUACUUCACAUUUACUGUCCAGGAACGCAUUGGGGUUACUAGAGUUCUAUCAGUCUCUGGGGGACCCUCAAGCUGAGGCCAAUAAGCCUUUCCUCCUCCCAGUUGAAAAGGCCCAGGGACACUUGCUCUUCAUCGUGGGAGAGGAAGAUAGGAACCUAAACAGCAAAGUGUUUGCUGAGUGUGCCAUAGAACAACUGAAGAGCAAUGGGAGGAACAACUGGACCCUGCUGUCUUACCCUGGGGCAGGCCACUUGAUCCAGCCUCCGUACUCCCCACUGUGCUAUGGUUCAUGGGUAAGCAACCUUCCAAUUGCCUGGGGAGGAGAGGUGAUCCCUCAUGCAGCUGCACAGGAACACUCUUGGAAGGAGAUCCAGAAGUUUCUAAGGAAGCACCUCAUUCCAGUGCCGACCAGCCACUUCUGA